AUGUUACGUACUCAUUACAAACCGAAACGUUUGGUUGUAGCUGAUACUUAUAGAUUUCAUCGGUGUAUUCAAGAAGGAAAUGAAAAUGUUUCUGAUUACAGUGCACGUUUGCGACAUUAUGCUUCCACUUGUGAUUUGGGUCAGUUCUUAAACCGUUCUCUGCGUGAUCAAUUUAUAUGCUGAAUUCGUAAUUCAGCUACUUGGAAAAAGUUACUGAAUGAAGUCCGUACUUUUCAAGAUGUGUUAAAAGUGGCCAUAGCUGAUGAAGUUGCUAGUAAGGAGACUUUAGCAUUUCAAAACAAUGCGAAACCAGUGAACGAAUCUGUGCAUGCUGUGGGUAGAAAUCAAAUUCCUGAUAAGUUUUCAAAUAGCAGGAAUACAUCAAAUUCCAAUAACCUAAGACCACCAUUGCCUACCGCCCAGAAAUUUUCAUAUGCCUGUUAUUCCUGUGGAGGUACUGAACAUUCUCGGGCCCAGUGUAGAUUUAGAAAUGUUGUAUGCAGCCGGUGUAAGCGGACUGGCCACAUUGCUCGUGUUUGCAGGAGAGGUAGCAUGCAAAAUAACUUUGUCGAACAGAAACUGAGUUCAGAUGAUGUGUUUCUUGAGGAAAAAUUAUUUACGGUUUUUGAUGUUAACUCCCUAUACAAAUCAGAAAUUUCCGUACCCUUGAAAAUUGAGAAUCAAGAGUGUUCCUUACAAUUAGAUACUGGUUGUGCAUUGUCCUUGGCCCCCCAAACCUUCUAUGAGCAAUUUUGUUCCCAUAUCCCUUUAAAACCUACCGCAGUGAGAUUAUCUACCUAUACCGGUGAAAAGAUUCAACCUUUGGGACAAAUCAAUCUUAAUGUUACUUAUGCUGGAACUCAGCACUCUCUUCCAUUACUGGUAGUACCACAGGGCUCUGGUAUCUUAUUUGAAAGAAACUGGCUAAGGUGUAUAAAACUAGAUUGGAACAAUUUGCCUGGAAUUGAGUUACCAUCAUUUACUACCACGGCUACAUGCUCCAAGAUUUCAGAAAAUAAGAAUAUUUUGGACUCACUCCUAUCAAAAUAUGAUGAACUGUUUCAACCUCAACUUGGGUGUUACACUGGUGAUGCUGUAGUUCUCAAUGAAAGUAAGGGAGCUAAAUUCCAUAAAGCACGUCCAGUUCCGUAUGCAAUACAGACAAGAGUUGAAAGUGCUCUACUAAAAAUGGAAAAAGAUGGUGUCAUUGAGAGGAUUUCUUCUGCUGUUAGUGCUGCCCCUAUUGUUACGGUGGGCAAAAAGGACGGUGAUGAAGUUUGA